UGAGAAUUUGGACCCUGUGCUUUUAAUGACAAUCAUUUUAUGGUGAAUCAUAGAUGAUAUUCGAGCGAGACGUGUUCGGAAAAGGUUAGAAUACAAGUGGAACAUCAACAUGAACAGAACGUAGCCUAAAUUUUCUACAGAUGUUAGAAGAUAAGUUGUAUGCAUCAUUCGGCGUCCUUUGAUCAAUUCGAGUUAAAAAGGUGAAGUGUAUAAAUUCAAAAUGCCAGUUGUAGUGAAAAAUUGCCCCCAUAUCGCUAAUCGUGGCGAUCUUACGUGUCUUGAAAAUGGGAUCUCUUUAAAAGAUAGAUAUAAUAAGUGCAAUGAUUGUAAUUGUAACGGACCGAAUCUUUGGUUGUGUCUUUUUCCUGAUUGCCGUUGGGUCGCUUGUGCGGAAACACAAUUAAAUCAUAGUACCCUACAUAAUCAAAUGUUUCCUGCUCAUUGUACUCAUAUGAACCUUACUACCAACCGUAUAUGGUGUUAUGCUUGUAAAAAAGAAGUUAUUGCGAGAUACGUAUCUUCACCAUCAUUAUCACCUAAUCAAGUUGAUGUUAAAACUAUUGGGAACAAAUUUUCGGGUGAUGCACCUAAUAAUAUUGAUAGUAAAAUGGAUGGUUUAGAUAGGCUUAUGUUGGACAAGUUCUAUGGAGAAUGGUGUGUAAAUAAAAUGAAUAAUGAUAGGGGCUUAUUUAAUGAAAAAUCUGGGGAUUCUCAGGAGAGCACAGAUUCGGAGGAAAGUAAAGACUUAUCUGGAAAACCUAGAGGCUUAGUCGGUCUUCAAAAUAUAGGCAAUACAUGUUACAUGAAUUCAGCGCUUCAAGCUUUAUCAAAUGUGCCACCUUUAACACAGUUUUUUUUGGACUGUGGUCAUCUGGUGCAUUAUAUGUCCAAAGAUAAAAAGCCUGCAUUGAGCUUAAGUUAUUUAAAUCUUGUACGAGACAUGUGGAAUAAAAAAACACGUGGAUACGUUGUGCCACAUGGGAUUUUAUCUGGUAUUAGAACCGUUCAUCCCAUGUUUCGUGGAUAUCAUCAGCAUGACACGCAAGAAUUUCUAAGAUGUUUUAUGGACCAAUUGCAUGAAGAAUUAAAGGAACACAUCGAAGAUGACAAAGAUCUAUUGCUAAGAUUAAAAGGUCUUGGAGAACAUUCAUCCGAUGAUGAUGAAACUGAAGUAGAUGGUAAUGGUUCGAGCCAAUCAGAUGCUGAAUAUGAGACAUGUGAUUCGGGAGUUAGCGAGCAGAGUUCUUUAAGCGACGAGGGAGAACGUGGUACAAAGAGACGUUAUUCUCGUGUAUCUCAAUCAGAAAAAUUGAGAAAUAAGUUUACUAAUAGAAGUAUAAAAAAAUCUACCGUAGAGCAAUCUUUUCCCCAACAGCAACGCUCUGCCCCAAACUCACCUGCCAAACAUCGUACCAAAAAACAAAUGAAAACAAAAAGUAUCAUAAGCGAUAUUUUUGACGGUAAGCUAUUAAGCAGUGUACAGUGUCUAACAUGCGACAGGAUUUCUACUAGAGUAGAAACAUUUCAAGAUUUAUCGUUACCUAUUCCAAGUAGAGAUCAUAUUGAUAUGUUGCAUCAAGGAUCCCUUACACCUCAGAAAGCAGGACCCUGUUCCGAUGUUGUUUACGUGACCAAUCAGAAUGGUUGGUUCUCUUGGCUUUUCCAAUGGUGGCGUUCUUGGUUUUGGGGCCCAGUUGUUAGCCUUCACGACUGUUUAUCUGCAUUUUUUAGUGCCGACGAGCUCAAAGGAGAUAACAUGUACAGUUGUGAGAAGUGCAACAAACUACGUAAUGGAAUUAAAUUUUCCAAAGUUCUAGAGCUACCCGAAAUACUUUGUGUUCAUUUAAAAAGAUUUCGCCAUGAGCUUAUGUUUAGUUCUAAAAUAGCAAAUUAUGUCUCUUUUCCGUUAGAAGAAUUAGAUAUGAGACCAUAUUUGCAUAAAGAAUGCGUCUCUAAAGUUACCAUUUAUGAUUUAAUAUCUGUUAUUUGCCAUCAUGGUACAGCUGGCGGUGGUCAUUAUACAUGUUAUGCAUUGAAUUCUAUUGUUAAUAAAUGGUAUGAAUUUGACGAUCAAUGUGUUACGGAGGUAACACCGGAUACUGUUAAACAUUGCGAAGCUUAUGUGCUAUUUUAUAAGAAGUGGUCACCGGAAAUGAUGCAGUUACGAGAUAGAACAAUGGAACUGAUGGAAAUAUCAACUCGUGAACCAUCUGAGCUGAAUUUUUUUGUAUCUCGACAAUGGAUUAAUCGUUUUAAUACAUUCUCCGAACCAGGGCCUAUAGAUAAUUCUGACUUUCUUUGCCCUCACGGCGGCGAAAAUCCAAUGACAGCUCAAAUAAGCGAUAAACUUUGUAUGCCUAUACCACAAGCUGUUUGGGAAUAUCUUUAUAAUACAUUUGGAGGUGGACCAGCAUGUACGCAACUUUACGAAUGUCCAAGUUGUGAAGAAAAAUAUGAAUCUUUGCAAAAAAGGAGACAAUACGAGAUGGAAAUAUUUCAACAAUUAAAUCACAAUUCUGAAAGUCAUGGUGCUAUUUACGGUCUUGCAAUGGCCUGGUUAAGACAAUGGCAAAGUUUCGUUAGAGGUAAAGAAACUCAACCGCCUGGACCAAUCGAUAAUAAUUCGAUCGUCGUUAAUAAAAAUGGGCUGAAUAUACUCAAAGUUGGUUCAGAUUGCGGCCAAAUACCAGAAGAAUUGUGGCACUUUUUCUUGAACACAUAUGGCGGAGGUCCAGAAUUAAUGUUGCAUUCGUGUCAACGAUCAAUAGCGCCACAAGUCAAUACUUCAUUACAUUCCGCUUCGAGUCCAAAUCUCACAGAUCAGAGUCUCAAGUCUGGUCGUACGGAGAUAAAGUUUAAUAAAGUUGCCAGAAGCUCAGAAACUAUUUCCCAGCAAGAUAGUGCUAUUGAAAGUAUAACGUCCGAUAGUGACUCUCAUAAAACACAAAGAGAUGUCAAUGAGUAAAAAGAAUAAUAUACAUAAUUAAUAAAACAUCUCAUGCAUACAAACAAACACAUACAAUACAUGCAAGCAGUACACUUAUCUAAUAAGAUAAUUUCCAUUAAAAACAUUUAAAGUACAGCAAGAUAAAUGUGUAAUAAAAUGAUUAAAAUUUUGCCUUUAUCUCUUUAGAUGUUACUAUGUUAAAAAUAAAUUAUUAUUAGAAGACACUUUAAAAGUAAAAAUAUUUAAUAUUAAGAAGAAUUUUAAGUACCACAUAUUUGCUUGUAUAAUACAAUGAUGUUACUAAGUGUUAUUUAGAUGAAUCAUUGAUAAUUUUUAAUACAAACAGUCUUAUUUACGUUUACAAUUUGUUAAUUUAAUUUCUUUCUAUUAUCAUAGAAAGUCAUAAAGUAUUAUGUAGUUUAUGUUUUGUGGGUAAUUGU